AUGCUGGAUCAAAGUGCUGUUUUGGGUGCUUUUAGCCGCACAAUGGCUGCAGAUGCUCGAGUUAUAAAAGAGGCCGAACAAGAGCUUUAUCAAAUGCAAAAAGAGCCAGGUUUCACGUCUUUCCUGCUAAGUGCGGCAACAGAUGCUUCAGUGCCCCUAAAUGUGCGAAUUUCGUGCGCUAUCUACAUGAAAAACAAGAUCCAGCGGUGUUGGAGUAGUAAACGUGAAGACGCAAUUGUACCACAGGAGCAAAAUGCAGUGAAAGAAGCUUUGGUUCAAAGCGUGAUUAUGCACGCCGAAAAUAUGCAGAUCAGACCGUAUUUAACGGAAUCUGUGCGUGGAAUUUUGGACCACAGCGACCAAUGGGACCUGAGUGGCGCCAUCCAGGAGCUUUUAUCUAGCAACAAACCGGAACUCGUAUAUCCAGGUCUCCUUCUCCUGUUCGAAGUGUGUAUCAAGCACCGCUGGGACAUGCCAGAGAAUAGACAGUACAUCGAUAGCGUUGUGGAAGCCGUGUUCCCAUCCAUCGAGGCUAUCUCUGCCCAGCUUGUCAAUGAAACUGAUUACAAGUCGAACGAACUACUUUAUCUGGUGCUCAAGUGUUUCAAGUAUGCUUGUCUCAACAAUUUCCCGCGCUACUUCGGCAACCCCGAAAAAUUGCAAUCGUGGGUUGAACUGCAUCUAUUCUUGUGCUCGAAGCCCCUACCAAAAGAAGUUUUGGACUUAGAACCGGCCGACAGGUCUCUAGACAAAAGAGUCAAGUGUAAUAAAUGGGCUUUUGGCAACCUGUCAAGAUUCUUGAUAAAGUACAGCAGGUCCACGAAAACUAUCACCCAAGAGUACGUCAAGUACGUUUUUGAUCAAGUUGUGCCAACAAUCUUAACGGAAUAUUUCAAAAUCAUAGAACUUUGGGGAUCUGGAUCUUUAUGGCUAAGUGAUGCGUCGCUAUACUAUCUGAUCGAGUUUCUUGAGAAGUGUAUGACAACUGAUUCGCUAUGGUCCAUGAUCGAGCCCCAUUUGGAGUCCAUCAUCACCUAUGUGAUAUUUCCUUGUCUGUCAGCUAACGAGGAUAGCGUUGCCCUUUUUGAAGAGGACCCUGAGGAAUAUACUCGUCGCUAUUUCGACGUCAACAAAGAGGGCACAACCGCAGAUGUGGCCUCCACUGAUUUUAUUUUUGUUGUCGGUCACAGAAGGUUUGAGGAAGUCACCAAAAUUUUACCUCUGAUCAACAAAGUGUUCAAUGAAUUUGCAUCGAGAGGCGACUUGGAAAGUGCAUACCAGGAAGAAGGCGCUUUGAGGCUGCUGAGCUCGCUGUGCAGCUUUCUUGCCGAAAAGAACUCUCCAGUCAAAAAUGAGCUAGAGGGCAUUUUCGAACAUUUCAUUACCCCCUUGCUAAAGCAAAACAAAUAUCCUUUCCUGAUAGCGAGGUCCUUGGAGACAAUAGCCAUCCACCAACAACAAUUUCAUGACAUGAACGUUCUCUCUCAGGUAUAUGAGGCCGUUUACAUCAAUUUUAUGAACUCAGAUCAACUCCCUAUACAGGUGGAGGCAGCCGAUGCUUUGAAAACCCUAAUCGUCUCAAACCCUACAAUUCAUCCACACAUUUCAUCCCAAGUUCCGGGGAUAAUGGAAAAAUUGUUGAAGUUAUCGAAAGAAUUCGAGAUUGAUCUUCUAUCAGAAGUCAUGGAGUCGUUCGUUGAGAGAUUUGCCGAUGAACUAUCGCCAUUUGCUAAAGAUUUGGCGGCCAGUCUGGCGGAGCAAUUUGUUACUUUGGGGCAGUCUAUUGUGGAGAACUCAAGUGGUUCCUAUUCGACCGCUGACCAGGAUCAAGAAAUACAGGCCAGUGCGCUACUUCAAACUAUGACAACAAUGGUCAUGUCCAUGAACAAGGUCUCGCUGAUAGACAAGUUUAUGCCGGUGGUGAAAUUCAUCAUCGUGAAUGCUCAAAUCACGUUUUUGAGCGAGGCCGUUGAUCUUAUGGAUUCCUUAGCGUUAUCGUCUAAAGCCAUGUUCAACACAUUUUCACCAGAGGUUUGGGAGUUGCUACAUGAUGUGAUAGAUUCAUGCCAGACCUACGCCCUCGAGUAUUUCGAAAGUUUCCAAGUUUUCUUCGAGACAGUAGUCACUUACGGCUUCCCGGUCGAUCAGACCUAUGUGCCUCCUUUUCUAGAGGUUCUUUCGCUUGCGAUGGACAGUGGUGUUGAUUUCGAUGUUGAAAGUGCACUAGACAUAUUGCUGUUCUACAUUUUAUCCAUGAAAGACAUUCCUUUGAUCGAUAAGGCACUAAAGCUGGCAAACGAAGAAAAUGAUGACUUGGAGGUAGAGGAUUUCACGUAUGUGAAGGUCUUUUUGGCAGGCCUAUUUGUCAGACCGCUGGAGACCUUGCAAAUAUGCGAGGACAAAGGAGUGACACUUGAAAUGCUUCGCAAAUGGUUCUCUUGCAAGUUCAGCAGUGUUCUUACAAUCAAGCUACAACUGGUUGCUAUCAUCUCGCUAUUGGGACUUCCGGAACUACCCAGUUGCCUGAAAGGGUUCAUUCCGCAGCUGUCUAACAAGCUGAUAGACCUUACUGUUGCGCUUCCCGUGGCCAUCAGAAAAAGAGAUGCGAUAUCGAAGGGCGAGGUUGGUGAUGACACGUUUCAGGACGACGGCACCGAAUUUUUCGAUGAGGUAGAAGACGACUUUAAAGAGUCGUGCUUGGAUGAUAUAAACUGUUUCCAGCAAGUGCAUACCCUUUUUUCGCAGUUACAGACUUCCAAUACCGAGUUGUAUGUGCAAGUCAUGGGAUCACUUUCGGAAGAUAAAACGGACACUUUAAAGACAAUUCUAGAGUUUGUAGCGCAAAAUUGA